UUUUUCGGAAGAAAGGGAGGAUCUGGACAAAAUCGAUGAAAUGGAAGAAAUCGGAGUGAAUGGAAAAGACAAAAUUAAUAAGGAUGAUGAAUUCCACGUUCGAACAUACUAUAACUAUAAAACAGUUUCUGAAAAUCGAGAUGGAAAUAAAGAAAAUUCUAAUUUAGAAUUUUUCAAAAUAAAAAAAAAAGAGGAUCGUUUUUUAUGGUUUGAAAAACCUUUUGUAACUCUAGUUUUCGAUUAUAAAAGAUGGAAUAGACCAAAUCGAUAUAUAAAAAAUGAUAAAAUUGAAAAUACUGUAAGAAAUGAAAUGUCACAAUAUUUUUUUUAUACAUGCCAAAGUGAUGGAAAAGAACGAAUAUCUUUUACAUAUCCCCCCAACCUUUCAACUUUUUUUGAAAUGAUACAAAAAAAGAUCCCUUCAUUUACAACAGAAAAAAAAACCUCGGAUCAAGUUUAUACUUGUUGGAGUUUGGUCAAUGAAGAAAAAAAGGAAAAUUUAAAAAACGAAUUUUUAAAUAGAAUUGAAGCUUUAGAUAAAAAAGGGUCUAUUGAAAAUAUACUGGAAAAAACAACUCGAUUUUGUCAUAACGAAACUCAAAAAGAAUAUUUACCUAAAAUUUAUGAUCCAUUUUUACAUGGGAUUUCGCGCGGAAGAAUCAAAAAAUUAUCUCCGUUCCAAAUCAUAACCAAAACCUAUAAAAAAAAGAAUAUAAGAGGAUCUUGGAUAAACAAAAUUCAUGCUAUACUUCUGAAGAUUAAUUCUCAAAAAUUUGAGCAAACAAUAGAAAAAUUUAAAAGAAAGUCUUUAUCAAUAGAGAAAAAACUUUAUUUUUUUUCCGAACCCCAAGAAGAAAAAAUUCAGUCAGAAGAAGAAAUAAAAAUUUUCAAAAUUUUAUUUGAUGUCGUUAUAAUUUAUAAUAAUGAUCAAACUCUUAUAAAAAAUUUUAUUGAUUUCCAUGAAAUCAAUAAACAAGUUCCUCAAUGGUCAUACAAAUUAACAAGUGAAUUGGAAGAAUUGGAAGCUGAAACUGAAGAAAAUAUACCAACCGAACCUGGAAUUCGUUCAAGAAAAGCAAAACGUGUAGUGGUUUUUACUGAUUUAAAAGAACCGCAUAACGAGAUUUAUACUAAUCUCAAAGAUAAUCAAAAUUCUGAUCAAACAGAUGAAAUGGCUUUGAUCCGUUAUUCACAACAAUCUGAUUUUCGUCGAGAGAUAAUUAAAGGAUCCAUGCGUUCCCAAAGGCGUAAAACUGUUAUUUGGGAAUUUUUGCAAGCAAAAGCACAUUCGCCCCUUUUUUUUGAUAGAAUAGAUAAAUUUUUUUUUUUUUCGUUUGAUAUAUGGGGGCUAAAAAAAAAAAUUCUUAGAAAUUUCAUGUGGAAAAAAAAAAUUUUUUUUGAUAAAAACGAAGAAGAACAAUCAAAAAAAGAAGAACAAAGACGUAUAGAAAUUGCGGAAACUUGGGAUAGCUUCUUAUUUGCUCAAAUAAUAAGAGGUUUUAUUUUAGUAACUCAAUCUAUUCUUAGAAAAUAUAUUAUAUUACCUUUAUUGAUAAUAAUUAAAAAUAGCAUCCGUAUCGUAUUAUUUCAACUUCCCGAGUGGGAAGAGGAUUUAAAGGAGUGGAAACGUGAAAUGCAUGUUAAAUGUACUUAUAAUGGGGUUCAACUAUCCGAAACAGAAUUUCCACGAAACUGGUUAACGGAUGGUAUUCAGAUAAAAAUCCUAUUUCCGUUUUAUCUUAAACCUUGGCAUAAAUAUAAAUUUCAAUCAUCUCAGAAGGCUCGACUAAAAAAAACAAAAGGAGAAAAAAAUGAUUUUCGUUUUUUAACAGUUUGGGGGCUGGAAACUGACCUACCUUUUGGUUCUACCAAACCAAAGCCUUCUUUUUUUAAACCUAUUUUUAAAGAAUUAAAAAAAAGAAUCAAAAAAUCCAAAACGAAGUCUUUUCCGGUUUUAAGGAUUUUCAAAGAAAGAGCAACAAUUUUCCUAAAAGUCGAAAAAGAAAUUAAAAACUGGAUUAUAAAAAACUUGCUUUUUCUAAAAGAAAAAAAAAAAAACCUUUCAAAACGAAAUAGAAUUCCAUUAGUUGGCCCGAGAGAAAUAUAUGAAUUAAAUGAAACUAAAAAAGAUUCAAUAAUGAGUAAUCAGAUGAUUCAUGAACUAUCUGUUCAAAAAAAAUCGACGGAGUGGCCAAAUUCUUCACUCAGCGAAAACAAAAUAAAAAAUGUGAUUGAUAAAAUAAAGACAAUCAGAAAUCAAACGAAAAAAAUUUCAAAAGAAAAAGAAAAACUAACUAAUAGUUGUAACAAACUGUGUUAUGAUUCUAAAAUAAUUGAGUCAUCAAAAAAAAGUUGGCAGACAUUAAAAAAAAAAAAAACUCGAUUAAUUCGUAAAUCUUUUUUUUUUUUUCAAUUUUGCGUUGAACAACUGUCUAUUUCUAUUUUUCUAGGUAUUAUUAAUAUUCCAAGAAUUACUACACAACUUUUUGUUGAUUCAACAAAAAAAAUUCUUGAUGUAUAUAUUUACAAGAAUGAGGAAAAUGGAGAAAAAAAAAAAAAAAAAAAUACCAUUUAUUUUAUUUCGACUAUAAAAAAUUUCAUAUCAAAAAAAAAUUUUUUUAGUUAUGACUUAUGCUCUUUAUCACAAGCAUAUGUAUUUUACAAAUUAUCACAAAUUCAAGUUAGUAACUUUUCUAAAUUAAAGUCUUUUUUUGAAUAUAACAUAUACAUAACAUCCUUUUUUGUUAAGAAUCAAAUAAAAGAUUUUUUUAAAGAACAAGGAAUCUUUCAUUAUGAAUGGAAAGAUAAAACCCUUUUAAAUUCCGAAAUAAAUCAAUGGAAAAACUGGUUACGAAGUCAUUCUCAAUAUAAUUUACCUCAGAUUGCAUGGGCUAGAUUAGUAACCCAAAAAUGGAAAAAAAAACUAAACCAAGACUCUCUAGUUCUAAAUCCAAGUUUAAACAAAGUGGAUUCAUACGAAAAAAAAAUUUUUGAUAAUUACAAAAAACAAAAUUUUUGUGAGGCUAACUUAUUUUUCAAUCCAAAACAUAAACAGAAUUUCAAAAAGGAUUCUAUAUAUAAUCUUUUUUGCUACAAAUCUAUUCAUUCUACAGAAAAAUUUUUUGAUAUGUCUACAGGCCUAGAAAAUUUUUUAAUCUCUUGUUUUCUAGAAAAAUAUAAUAUUCGCAGUAUAGGGGAAAUUUUGCAUAGAAAAUAUUUGGAUUGGAGAAUUCUCAACUUUUGGUUUAGAAAAAAAGUAAAUAUUGAGCUUGAUACUAGGAGUAAAAAAAAAUAUAUUAAAACUAAAGUUAAGAAUUAUAAAAGAAUUUAUAAAAUAACUAAGACGAGUCUUGCCAAUCAAAAAAUAAAUUUUUUUGAUUGGAUGGGAAUGAAUGAAGAAAUACUAAAUCCUCGUAUAACAAAUUUUGACUUUUUUUUCUUUCCAGAAUUUUUCUUAUUUUCUAGUACAUAUAAAAUGAAACCGUGGGUCAUACCAAUUAAAUCACUUCUUUUCAAUUUUAAUGAAACAAAAAAUGUGAAUAAACAGAUCACCCUAAAGAAAAAAGGUUUUAUACCAUCAAACGAAAAAAAAUUCCUUCGGUUUUUUAAUCUAAAUAAAGAAGAAAACGAAUCAGCAGGUCAAGAAGAGUUUGAAUCAGAUAAAGAAACAAAAAUAAAUACGGAAUCAGCUCUAUCAAAGCAAGAAAAAAAUAUUGAAGAAAAUUAUACAGAAUCGAAGAUAAAAAAACGUAAAAAUAAAAAAAAACCAAAAAGCAAUACCGAAGCGGAACUUGACUUAUUUCUCAAAAGGUAUUCGCGUUUUCAAUUGCGAUGGAAUUGUUUUUUUAAUCAAAAAAUCCUCAAUAAUGUAAAAGCAUACUGUCUCUUGGUUAGACUAAAAAAUCCAACCGAGAUAACGAUAUCUUGUAUUGAAAGAGGAGAGAUGAGCUUAGAUAUUCUAAUGAUUGAGAAGAAUUUCACUUUUUCAAAAUUAAUGAAAAAAGGAAUAUUGAUUGUUGAACCUGUUCGUUUGUCUGUAAAAAACGACGGCCAACUUAUUAUAUAUAGAACCAUCGGGAUUUCAUUGGUUCAUAAAAAUAAACAAAAAAUAAGUAAAAGAUCAAAAAAAAAAAGCUAUAUUUAUAAAAAAAAAAGUUUAAAUUUCUUUGUCCCUGAAACUAUUCUAUCCCCUAAACGACGUAAAGAAUUUCGAAUUCUAAUUUGUUUCAAUUUAAAAAAAAAAAAUGCAAGGGAUAGAAAUUCAAAAUUUGAUACAAAUAUUCAAAACUUGACCACAGUUUUGAAUAAAAAGAAAGAUCUUGAUAAGGAUAAAAAAAACCUAAUUAAAUUAAAAUCCUUUCUUUGGCCCAAUUUUCGAUUAGAAGAUUUAGCUUGUAUGAAUCGCUAUUGGUUUAAUACGACUAAUGGAAAUCAUUUCAGUAUGAUAAGAAUACACAUGUAUACGCGAUUUCAAAUGCAUUAAUGGUAGAUCCUUUUUACUAUAUUUUGACUAUAUAUAUAGUAUUAAGUUACGGUAUAUGAACAAUAUAUAAUAUAAGUUACGGUAUAUGAAAACAAUUGGAUGCACAAAUGUGAGGGAUUUUUUUUAAUUCAAUCUUUAUACAUGAGAUUCAUUGAAUUAAUGACAUAGAUACCACUCAGAGCGAAUUCAUAAAUAAAUUUUUAAAAUCCUCCUUUUUUAGAUCGAAAUUUAAACUUUUUUUUUAUAAAAUUAAGAAUUAAUAAGUUGAUAAUUAAAUUCGGAUCCUUGUACAAAAAAACUACCAUUAUUAUUACUGAUCAGUAAAAUUCAUAUCUUUCAAUUCAUAUUAAAAAGGGAAGGAUUUCUUUUUAUGAUAAAAAAUACAUUCAUUUCAUUUCAAGAAAAAAAAGAAGAAAGCAAGGGAUCUGUUGAAUUUCAAGUAGUCAGUUUCACUAAUAAGAUACGAAGACUUACUUCACAUUUGGAAUUGCACAGAAAAGAUUAUUUAUCUCAGAGAGGUCUACGAAAAAUUCUGGGAAAACGUCAACGACUGCUGGCUUAUUUGUCAAAAAAAAAUAGAGUACGUUAUAAAGAAUUAAUUAAUCAGUUGAAUAUUCGGGAAUUAAAAACUCGUUAAAUUCCAAAAUUGUGAAUUAGUUAAUUUUUUAGAUCUUGAAUUUUUGAAUAAACUUCUUUUUCAGCAAUCUAAUUCAUACCAGAACGAAUCAAGGAAAAACUUAUGAAGAGACCAGUUACAGGAAAAGAUCUUAUGAUAGUCAAUAUGGGACCUCACCACCCAUCCAUGCACGGUGUUCUUCGCUUAAUUGUUACUCUAGACGGUGAGGAUGUUGUUGAUUGUGAACCCAUAUUGGGUUAUUUACACAGAGGAAUGGAAAAAAUUGCAGAAAACCGAGCAAUUAUACAAUAUUUACCUUAUGUAACGCGGUGGGAUUAUUUAGCUACUAUGUUUACAGAAGCAAUAACAGUAAACGGACCCGAACAAUUAGGAAAUAUUCAAGUUCCUAAAAGAGCCAGCUAUAUCAGAGUAAUUAUGCUAGAAUUGAGUCGUAUAGCUUCUCAUCUGUUAUGGCUUGGCCCUUUUAUGGCAGAUAUUGGGGCACAGACUCCCUUUUUCUAUAUUUUCAGAGAACGAGAAUUUGUAUAUGAUCUAUUCGAAGCUGCCACCGGUAUGAGAAUGAUGCAUAAUUUUUUUCGUAUUGGAGGAAUAGCGGCGGAUUUACCUUAUGGUUGGAUAGAUAAAUGCUUGGAUUUUUGUGAUUAUUUUUUAACAGAGGUUGUUGAAUAUCAAAAACUUAUUACACGAAAUCCUAUUUUUUUAGAACGAGUUGAAGGCGUUGGGAUUAUUGGUGGGGAAGAAGCAAUAAAUUGGGGUUUAUCCGGACCAAUGUUACGCGCAUCCGGAAUACCAUGGGAUCUUCGUAAAGUUGAUCGUUAUGAGUCUUACGAUGAAUUUGAAUGGGAAAUUCAGUGGCAAAAACAAGGAGAUUCAUUAGCUCGUUAUUUAGUACGACUUAGCGAAAUGACAGAAUCCAUCAAAAUUAUUCAACAGGCUCUGGAAGGACUUCCGGGGGGUCCCUAUGAAAAUUUAGAAAGCAGAGGCUUUGAUAAAAAAAGGAAUCCAGAGUGGAAUGAUUUUGAAUAUCGAUUCAUUAGUAAAAAACCUUCCCCUACUUUUGAAUUAUCGAAACAAGAACUUUACGUAAGAGUUGAAGCUCCAAAAGGGGAAUUGGGAAUUUUUCUCAUAGGAGAUCAAAGUGGUUUUCCUUGGAGAUGGAAAAUCCGACCGCCGGGUUUUAUUAAUUUGCAAAUUCUUCCUGAACUAGUUAAAAGAAUGAAAUUGGCUGAUAUUAUGACGAUACUCGGUAGCAUAGAUAUAAUUAUGGGAGAAGUUGAUCGUUAAAAUGAUAAUUUAUGCAACAGAAGUACAAACAAUAAAUUCUUUUCUUAGAUUGGAAUCUUUAAAAGAGGUCUAUGGACUCAUAUGGAUAUUUGUCCCUAUAUUUUCUCUUGUAUUGGGAAUCAUAACUGGUGUACUAGUAAUUGUGUGGUUAGAAAGAGAAAUAUCUGCAGGGAUACAACAACGUAUUGGACCUGAAUACGCCGGCCCGUUAGGAAUUCUUCAAGCUUUAGCCGACGGGACAAAACUACUUUUCAAAGAAGAUCUUCGUCCAUCUAGAGGAAAUACUCCUUUAUUUAGUAUUGGACCAUCUAUAGCAGUUAUCUCUAUUUUACUAAGUUAUUCAGUAAUUCCUUUUAGCAAUCACCUUGUUUUAGCGGAUCUCAAUAUCGGUAUUUUUUUAUGGAUUGCCAUCUCAAGUGUUGCUCCGAUCGGACUUCUUAUGUCAGGAUAUGGAUCAAAUAAUAAAUAUUCUUUUUUAGGUGGUCUGCGAGCUGCUGCUCAAGCGAUUAGUUAUGAAAUACCAUUAACUCUAUGUGUUUUAUCAAUAUCUCUACGUGCGAUUCGUUGAAACAGAAAGGUUUAUUCCGUUUCUUCUAGAUAAAAAAAAAAUGAAAAAAAAAACGGAAUAUAUAUAUUUAUCUUUCGGGUUUAUCUUAAUAAAAGGAAUUUGAAUUUGAUAGUUAUAUAUGAGUGAAAAAAAACUGCUCAGAAAUUAGCAGUAAAAAGAAAAAUUAAGUCUCAUUUCCUAUGUACAAAGGUUAAAUGGAAAUAAACGUAAGCGUAAGAAUCGCUUUACCCCAAGGUUGGUUGAUUAGUCAGCCGGGCUUGAAGCGGGUUAAAAAAAAUAUUAACCGUAUGACGUUUUCACUAUCAGUUAUAUAAAUUACUAUACAUAUACAUAUAUUACAAAGUGAUCGGCAAUUAGGUAAAAACGCGUGGAUGGUUAGAAACACCAAAAUACACAAAGAAUUUGUAAUAGAGAUUAACCAAAUUGAAAAGGAUAUUUAUGCAUAACAUAAGAUAACAAAAAAAGAAGGUUAAUUGGGGCUUGAAAUUUGUAGAAAUUAUCAGGCAGUACUCCCCAAGAUUCCGAUUCAGAGUAUGCUCCCAUCCACCGAUAAAUGUAAUGACUAUCAGAAACGAAAUAAUCCUUUAUUUUUUUUUAAGUCCACCUACUUUUUUUCUAAAAAAGAAAGAAAGAAGAAUAGGAACGAAACAAGUAUAUUUUUUUUUAUAGAUUUCGAAAAUAAAAUAGAAUUUCUAUCAUGAAUAAGAAACUAAUAGGAUGUUUAAUUCUUUUUCGUAAUUGAAAAACACGACGGGCUGAAAAACCUAGGUUUAGUUUUACAAGGGGUGCUUUAUUAAAGGAUUAAGUUAUUACUCAACAAAUAGAAAUUAAAAUUUGUAAAGGAUGAGAUGAAUUCCGAAGCGCGUUUUUUAGUUUUAGAAUUUGAGCAGACAGAAUUCCAUUGGUAUAAUUCGGGACCCCAGAUAUAUUUCUAUUUAAUCCAUUUUAGAACACAUCAUAUCCAUCUAAAUAAUACUAAUCUGGUCCUUAUAUUUAUUUACGGCCCCCGAGGAGCCGUAUGAGGCGAAAACCUCAUGUACGGUUUUGUAAUAGCGGUGAGAAUAGUAAUGUUAUCACCGACUAGGAUUAUCUAACAGUUUAAGUACAGUUGAUAUAGUUGAGGCACAAUCAAAAUAUGGUUUUUGGGGAUGGAAUUUGUGGCGUCAACCUAUAGGUUUUAUCAUUUUUCUAAUUUCUUCCCUAGCAGAAUGCGAGAGGUUACCUUUUGAUUUACCAGAAGCGGAAGAAGAAUUAAUAGCAGGUUAUCAAACUGAAUAUUCCGGUAUCAAAUUUGGUUUAUUUUAUGUUGCUUCUUAUCUAAAUCUAUUAAUUUCCUCAUUAUUUGUAACAGUUCUAUACUUAGGCGGUUGGAAUAUUUCUAUUCCGUAUAUAUCUAUGCUGGAGCUAUUUGAAAAGGAUCAAAUUUUUGGAACAACAAUUGGUAUCUUUAUUACAUUAGCUAAAACUUAUUUGUUCUUGUUCAUUUCUAUCGCAACCAGAUGGACUUUACCUAGGCUAAGAAUGGAUCAACUAUUAAAUCUUGGAUGGAAAUUUCUUUUACCGAUUUCCCUUGGUAAUCUAUUAUUAACAACUUCUUUCCAACUCUUUUCACUCUAAAUUGAAAAUCAAUCCAAGAUAUUCAUUACUUGUUUUAAACAAGAGAAAGAAACAAAGAUCAAAUUAUUCAUAGAUAAUUACAAUAUGCUUCCUAUGAUAACCGGGUUCAUGAAUUAUGGUCAACAAACCCUACGAGCUGCAAGGUAUAUUGGUCAGGGUUUCAUGAUUACCUUAUCCCACACAAAUCGUUUACCUGUAACUAUUCAAUAUCCCUAUGAAAAAUUAAUAACAUCAGAACGUUUCCGCGGUCGAAUCCAUUUCGAAUUUGAUAAAUGCAUUGCUUGUGAAGUAUGUGUUCGAGUAUGUCCUAUAGAUCUGCCGGUUGUUGAUUGGAAAUUGGAAACUAAUAUUCGAAAAAAACGAUUGCUUAAUUACAGUAUUGAUUUUGGAAUUUGUAUAUUUUGUGGUAAUUGUGUUGAGUAUUGUCCAACAAAUUGUUUGUCAAUGACUGAAGAAUAUGAGUUUUCAACUUAUGAUCGUCACGAGUUGAAUUAUAAUCAAAUCGCUUUGGGGCGUUUACCAAUGUCAGUAAUUGACGAUUAUACUAUUCGAACAAUUUUGAAUUCACCUCAAACAAAAAAUGGGUAAACCCAUUAAUUUUAUUAAAAAAAGAAUGCAAAACUGUUGAAUUAUAUUAUAUAAAGAAUUUAAUUAAAAACUUGUAUUUAUAGAAUAAUAUUAAGUAUUAAGGCUCAUCCUUUUAAUAUAAUAUUUUCGUAAUUAUUAUCUUGCUUGAAAUAGAUAGGUUGAAAAUAUUAGAAUAAAAAAGCGAAACUGUCUAAUAAUUGUAUCUACAUCAAUUAAUAUUCAUUAGAUUCUAAUUUCACUCUAUUAGAAACAUAUUAAAAAAAAAUUCCCCGGUUAAAUUAAUAAGGUCAUGAAAAGGAUUUCUAUUUUUUCUUUUUUUAAUAAUAUAAUGGAUUUGCCUGGAAAAAUACAUGAUUUUCUUUUAGUUUUUCUGGGAUCUGGUCUUCUAGUAGGAGGUCUGGGAGUGGUAUUACUUCCUAACCCAAUAUUUUCAGCCUUUUCCUUAGGAUUUGUUCUUGUUUGUAUAUCUUUAUUGUAUAUUCUAGCAAAUUCCCAUUUUGUAGCUGCUGCACAACUCCUUAUUUACGUGGGAGCCAUAAAUGUUUUAAUCAUAUUUGCUGUGAUGUUCAUGAAUGAUUCCGAAUAUUCCAUAGAUUUCAAUCUGUGGACUGUUGGGAAUGGGAUUACUUCAGUGGUUUGUACAACUAUUCUUUUUUCAUUAAUUUCUACUAUUCUCGAUACGUCAUGGUACGGGGUUAUUUGGACUACAAGAUUAAACCAGAUUUUAGAACAAGAUUUAAUAAGUAAUAGUCAACAAAUAGGAAUUCAUUUAUCAACAGAUUUUUUUCUUCCAUUUGAACUCAUUUCAAUAAUUCUUUUAGUUGCUUUGAUAGGUGCAAUUUCUGUGGCUCGUCAAUAAAAAAGGUUCCAAUUAGUAAAGACCAAAGAAAACUUUGUGUUUGUGUAUGUUAUGAUAUUUUUUUCCGUUCAUUCAAUUUGAUUGAAUACUAUUUCAUUUUUUAAAUAUAAAUUUUUAUAUUUUAUAUAUAUUUGAAAUUUUUUCCCUAAUAUAGUUUUUAUUCGUACUUUGUUGUUAUAUUCUAGUUGAUUGAAUCCGGUGAAUUGUUUUUAUUAUUCAUAUUGAUAAUGAAUCAAAAUUGAUAAGGAGUUGCUCAAUGAUACUCGAACAUGUACUUGUUUUGAGUGCCUAUUUAUUUUUGAUUGGUCUUUAUGGAUUGAUCACGAGUCGAAAUAUGGUUAGGGCUCUUAUGUGCCUUGAACUUAUACUCAAUGCAGUUAAUAUGAAUCUCGUAACAUUUGCUGAUUUUUUUGAUAAUUCCCAACUAAAAGGGGAUAUUUUCUGCAUUUUUGUUAUAGCAAUUGCAGCCGCUGAAGCAGCUAUUGGAUUAGCUAUAGUCUCGUCAAUUUAUCGUAACAGAAAAUCAACUCGCAUCAACCAAUCGACCUUAUUAAAUAAGUAGCAUAAAUCAAAAAAUUAUAGGUUUAAAUUUGCAUAUAUGAUAGGUUAUGACUUACUAGAUUAAAUUUGUGAAAAUUUAAGAAAUCAAAGUAUUUUAGCCCCAUUUUUUACCAAUUGAGCCAGAAUUCAUUAAAAAAUUCUAUUAAAAGAAAUCAUUGCUUCAUCUAGUAUUUUAAUUUAAUAUAUCAUUUAGUUAUAAGUUUACUAGAUUGAAAAUUUAUGACAUUAAAAAAACUAUAGAUCCUAUGUCACAUUCAGUAAAAAUUUAUGAUACCUGUAUAGGAUGUACUCAGUGUGUCCGAGCAUGUCCUACAGACGUAUUAGAAAUGAUACCUUGGGAUGGAUGUAAAGCUAAGCAAAUAGCUUCUGCCCCAAGAACCGAGGAUUGUGUUGGUUGUAAGAGAUGUGAAUCUGCCUGUCCAACGGAUUUUUUGAGCGUUCGAGUUUAUUUAUGGCAUGAAACAACUCGAAGCAUGGGUCUAGCUUAUUAAUACGUUACCGAAAACCUGAUUUGAAUAAAUUUGGAAUACAUUUUAUUUUUUUUAUUGACAAGUACUCGUACUCAAAAAAGUUCAAUUAUAUUUUUUUAUUUAUAUAUUUUUUUGAGUACGCGUUCUUUGGACCUGGUGUAUCUUGUCUUUACCACGAAUGAUUUUCCUUGGUUAACAAUAAUUGUUGUUUUUCCAAUAUCUGCCGGUUCAUUAAUGUUAUUUCUCCCGCAUAGGGGAAAUAAAGUUAAUAAGUGGUAUACUAUAUGCAUUUGUAUCUUAGAACUUCUUCUAACGACUUACGCUUUUUGUUAUAAUUUUAAACUGGACGAUCCAUUAAUUCAACUGUCCGAAGAUUAUAAAUGGAUCAAUCUUUUUGAUUUUUAUUGGAGACUGGGAAUAGAUGGACUUUCUAUAGGAACGAUUUUACUGACCGGAUUUAUUACUACUUUAGCUACUUUAGCGGCUUUUCCAGUUACUCGGGAUUCCCGAUUAUUCUAUUUCCUGAUGUUAGCAAUGUACAGCGGCCAAAUAGGAUCGUUUUCUUCUCGGGAUAUUUUACUUUUUUUCAUCAUGUGGGAAUUAGAAUUAAUUCCCGUUUAUCUCCUUUUAUCCAUGUGGGGUGGAAAGAAACGUUUGUAUUCAGCUACAAAAUUUAUUUUAUACACUGCAGGAAGUUCUAUUUUUUUAUUAAUAGGAGUUUUAGGUAUAAGUUUAUAUGGUUCGAACGAACCAACAUUAAAUUUAGAACUAUUAGGGAAUCAAGCCUAUCCGGUCACACUCGAAAUACUCUUUUAUAUUGGAUUUCUUAUUGCUUUUGCCGUCAAAUCACCGAUUAUACCUUUACAUACUUGGUUACCUGACACCCACGGCGAGGCACAUUACAGUACCUGUAUGCUUCUCGCUGGAAUCUUAUUAAAAAUGGGAGCAUAUGGAUUGGUUCGAAUCAAUAUGGAAUUAUUACCUCACGCUCAUUCUAUGUUUUCUCCUUGGUUGAUGGUAGUCGGUACAAUCCAAAUAAUUUAUGCAGCUUCAACAUCUCCCGGUCAACGUAAUUUAAAAAAGAGAAUAGCCUAUUCUUCUGUAUCUCAUAUGGGUUUUAUAAUUAUAGGUAUUGGUUCUAUAACGGAUCCUGGGCUUAAUGGAGCUAUUUUACAAAUAAUCUCUCAUGGAUUUAUUGGCGCUGCACUUUUUUUCUUGGCAGGAACUAGUUAUGAUAGAAUCCGGCUUGUUUAUCUUGAUGAAAUGGGUGGAAUGGCUAUCUCCAUUCCAAAGAUAUUUACAAUGUUCACUAUCUUAUCGAUGGCUUCCCUUGCAUUACCGGGCAUGAGUGGUUUUGUUGCCGAAUUAAUCGUUUUUUUUGGAAUAAUUACCAGCCAAAAAUAUUUCUUAAUUUCAAAAAUUUUAAUUAUUUUUGUAAUGGCAAUUGGAAUGAUAUUAACUCCUAUAUAUUUAUUAUCUAUGUCACGUCAAAUGUUCUAUGGAUACAAGUUAAUUAAUGCCAAAAACUUUUCUUUUUUUGAUUCUGGACCCCGAGAGUUAUUUCUUUCAAUCUCUAUUCUUCUACCCAUAAUUGGUAUUGGGAUUUAUCCUGAUUUUGUGCUCUCAUUAGCAAGUGACAAGGUCGAAUCCAUUUUAUCUAAUUAUUUUUAUGGAUAGUUUUCA